GGAGGAGGAGGCGGAAGAUACGUUUUCCCCCUGUUAAUUGGCUACAAAUUCGCCAUAAUCAUCGGGGGUGCGUUUGCCGUAUUAAAACUGCUUGCCCUCAAAGGAAUAUUCUUGGCCAAAAUGGCCUUACUAAUAUCCCUCUAUUUACUUACCAAACAUAAAACCCGCUCUUCGGAAAUAAUUGAAAUCGAGCAGCAACAUACGCCUUAUCAUUUGGCAAAGGAACCUAUUGGCCACUAUGGUUAUUACCAUCAUGGAGGAGGAUAUGGGGAACACGCUCAACCGAGUAACUUAUACCCGGACGUGGCUUAUGCUGCAAGUGCCGCAGGUGUCACGGCAGCAGGAACCGCGGAAUCCCCCGCAGGAUAUCCGGGUAAUCAGGACGAUUCCAGUAACGGUAUUCCAUUAGGUUUAGGGAGAAAUGGAAAGGAGUUUAAACGGAGACGGGAUGCUUAUAUUAAGAGGAAAAAAGGGGAUAACGUGAGUGAUAGUAGUGUGGUGGUUAACACGUAGUUUAUUGUUAUUGAAGUUAAUAUAUUUAUUUAUUUAUUUAU